CAAGCCUAAGUCUUCCAAAGCCCUAAUUCCUUCUUCCUGAGACAGAUUUUUGGUCCUUCGGAACUGUCUCUGAAGCUGAGCUGAAAAAGCUGUUGCGUUUUAAAUAUUUAUAUGCUUAAAAAAAAAACCCUAAUUUCAGUCCCAAUAAACCCUAGCCUCGUAUCAUUCAAGCCUCGCCAACUAUUACUUGCAAACCAAAACAUGAAGCACGCCAUUGACAAGCCCUCGGCCCCAGCUUUGAAAUCGGAACAAAAGGAUCUUCUCCUUCGUUCCAUAGCUGGCUACUUGAACUCUAAUGGCUUCGCCAAAACUCUUAAGAAGUUUUUAUCUGAAGCACAAAUAGAGAAAGAUGGUUUCAGUGGUUGCUCUUUGGAUUUGGAGGAUAUGUACUGCAAGUAUUUAGAGUUAGUUGAUUAUGGAAACCCAAAUUUCAGCCGAAAGAAUGUACCAGAUUUGUUGAUGAAUGGAAAUUCUAAUUGCAUCAAAGAGGCUAACGUGGUUGCUGCUGUAGGAGUUAAUAAGGAAAAAAGAAAAAGAAGGGAUGGGGAUGGUGAUGCUAUAGUUAUUCAAUCAGAAGAAUCUGGUAAAUUAGCUGAUUCUAAGGAGAUUAAGCAGGUGAUACUGGAUGAUGCAGCUCCUGAAUUGAAUAAAAAAUCUAAAGAGAAAAGAAAAACUAAAAAGAUUUCUGAUGCUAGUGGAGAGGUGGAGCAAGUCAGCGUUGGUUUAUUAGAGAAGUCUACUGAUGAUGUUGUGUGUGAUUUGGAGUUGAAUCAUUCUAAAAAGAAACAUAAGGAAAAAAAGAAGAAAAGCAAGUUGGAAUCAAGUGAAACUGAGUCCAAAGGGAAUGAUAAUAAGACAUUUGAAGAAGAUGCAACUGUUAAGGAAAAGAGUAAAAGUUCCAAGAAAAGAAAAAGAUUGGAUAGUGAAGAAAACGAUUCUCUGCCUGUUGACAAAAAAGAAGUUGAAGAAUCCAAUCAUAAGAAGACAAAGAGUUCGGAAGAACAGAAAGAAAGUUCUAAAGUUGCAGAGGUGAAAUCAUCUCUGGGAAAUAAUGAAGAUGCUAGUAAACAUGGUAAAGACCAUGUUGGUGAGGUCAAUGCAAAUUUUGAGAAAGAAAGUAAAUCUUCCCUGCGUAAAUCUGCUAAGGAAGUGAAUGGUUCAACCGAGCCAAAGACAGUUAAAGCAUUUAAGAGAGUAAAAGUUGAGGAGGUGGUAUUUUCUGAUAAGAGGCUUAAAGAUAAUUCAUAUUGGGCAAAGGAUGGUGCAGAUAGUGGCUAUGGUGCUAAAGCACAAGAAGUUCUAGGCCAAGUUAGAGGAAGGGAUUUUCGCCAUGAAAAGACCAAGAAGAAGCGUGGCAGCUAUAGAGGAGGGCAGAUUGAUCUCCAAUCACACUCCAUUAAGUUCAAUUAUUCUGACGAAGAUUGAAGAGGCAUAUUUCUGAUUAUCAAGCUAUUGGCAUUUUUACUGUAGGUUUUGCGAGGUGAGGCUGCACUUUAAAUUUCUUGUCAAGAUGCUAAGAUACUGUAGAUUUCAUUAUCUAAUUAUAUUUCCCCACCGAUGCUAAGAUACUGCUUUUUGGGCCGCCAUUAAUUAUGGGCGGUGAGAUUUUCCAUUUAUAAAGGCUCCACCCCACCUGGCAUUCGGACA